UAAUCAUCGUGCAUCGCAGCCCCUCCUCACAAUGGAAUCGCCAGAAACCCUCGAUCAGCCCGACGAGGCUCCCGCUCAACCGAACGAGACUCAGGAGGACAAUGCUGGCGAUGGCCGCGAAGAUUUUGCCCAUGGUGUCGUCGGGCAAGUGCCGGGCAGCGACGGGAAAACGCGUCCGAGGCGCCCACGCGGUCGCCACGCGAAAGAUCCGUUGGCAAAGUCCAUAGUUAUCAAAUGUUCAAGGCUGGAAGACCUCGAGGCCCAGCUCAAGGAGUAUUUGGCAGAUUCGACCCUUGACCGUGAGCACACCACGCUCGAGUUUGACUUCCCUGUCACCACCGCCUUUAUGGUGGCUGCGAGGGAGCCUCUAGGGAAAGGAGAUCCAGGGGAUAAAAAGACGCCAUACGUGUACAGCCCUUUCAACAAGACCGCGAUCACUGUGGUUGAUGCUCUGCACACGAUCCAAGAUCCCAAGGAACGGGUGACGAUGCAGAAAGGGAUCAGCAAGACCCUCAUUGAAGCAUGUCAAAACGUAGAUGGGUAUCGGUACAGCUUUCACAACCAUUGGAUCAGUCGAGAGGAUCAAGCAAGCAGGUUUUCAUACUACUGCAAUGAUUCGGUGCUCAACAAAGGCCGUGCCGCUAAUGAGAGUGUGACCAAAAUCAAGGCUGGCGUCAAGGUUCGCAAACCAGUCUGGGACUGCCACGGCUUGAUCUCUAUCAAGUUUUCCAUGACAAAGAACAGUUUGGAACUCCACUAUACACACAUUCCUCUCCACAAAACAUUCGAGGAACGGGCCCCGAAUCCGCGCAACGGUUCAAAGCGCAAGCGUCUCCUGGAAAUUUUCCAUCCUGAAAAGCUCGUGAGAGAGAAAAAGAGAAAAUCGAAUGAGCCUAAACCGUCAAGACCUAAGAAACCUGUUACGGAGCCGACUCCGCAUGAGGAUGGGCCGUCAACCACACCACAAAGAGAGGGCAGUUUGGCACCCUUGUUCGACUUCCUCGGUAGGAUUGAGGAGGAUGGAGAAGGACCAGCUGCUACCGAACCACCCGCCGGCGCCGCCGCCGCCGUCGACGUCGAGACCGUCAAGAUCCCUGCCUCUGGCGACGGGAGUAAACGCAAGAAGAACAUGUUUCCCGGGCAAUUUAUUUGGAACAUUUCGGAUCCACAGAAGAAAAAGCGGCAGUCAAAGAAGACUCUAACUGCUCCCGGAGUUCCAGCAGCUCCUAAACCUCCUGUACCUCCUGCCGCUACGGCGACACCAGCACCUAUGAUUCCCCCGAGCAACGGCCAAACAGUGGCGCCAAUAUCCCGGACCGAAUCAGAGCUUCGAGCCAGGCUUGAGCAGGCCGAGCAAAAGAUCCGCGAUCUAGAAGCUGAAAGACAGCGACAGGCGAGAGGAGGCGCAGAGCCGGGUCGAUCGACUGCUUUACAAUACCAGAACCAGCAGGGGCCUCUGCCUCCCAACCCGGCCGUACCUUAUCCUCCUCCCCCGCCCAAUGCAUAUUUCCCUCCACCGCACUUCCAAUAUCCCCCGAAUCCGCCACAGUGGAACUAUCCUCCUCAUUCUUAUCCUUAUCCUUAUCCACCACCAGGGCCACCAGGGCCACCCAGUCUCCCCUAUCCCAAUCCUGCACCCGGCAGUGCUCCAGCCGCAACACACCCUCAUGCGUAUCACUAUCCACCGCAACCUCUGCCUCCGCUUUCACAGCAACGGCCUCGAUCGAACCCGCCUCCCGCGUACGGCUUCGUUCCCAAUCCCUUAGACCCAAUGGACCCUAUUCCCACGCGGGUCAGGUCACACCUCGGUCCCCCUCAGACUCCCUUAACACCUGAAUCAAGCUCUACCUCCCGCGCCGAACGACACGUCGAGAGGCAAUCUCCAGCUCAAGCUCCUCCAUCUUCGACAGAACGCCACUCUGGGUCGAGUUCUCCGGGGCCCUCCGCUUCGGCGCCAGAGCCCUCAGAUGAAACCGUGUCCGCGACAGCCACCGCAGGACCGGCGCAACCGGCGCCUGAGGGAGAGCCAACGCAGGCCCCGAUCUCAGUCUCACCGACGACGACGAUGGUGGCGUCGCCGGCGGCAAAUCCAGACCCGAGUCCCACUAAGGCCCCAGAUGAGAAAUGAGUAACGCUCGGCAAAGAGUGUGAUCCCACCCUGGACAUCACAGGAGGGUGGAAUUGCACCGCCAGCACUACUGAAAGAAGCCCGAGGGCUAGCGAGUGCUCAGUGACUUUUCUCCUCGAGGCAGUCGAGGAUAGAUAUCAUUACCUGGGUUGAUGCCGGGUCUGCAACGUUUACCCCCAUGCUUACUUUUCGCACUUCGUCUUACAGAAAGCAGGAGACGGAGGGGAAGCCACAAGGCGAAACGUUUCCUACACACUCUCACACAAUCUCUCUCUCACCCCAAGGUCGCGGAAUCGAGCGGGCAUCAGCCCAUCGUUCUUCGGUGGUUGACAAACCGCCUUGCCUCCAGGGCCGCUCUGUGUUGCCAUAUUCCUCACAAUCAAUAAUAUGUGCUUGUAAUGAUAAC